UGGUUAGCAUUCAUGAAUCAGUUGGACAUCUGACUAACCUCCUUUUCCUAAGUGCUUCAGAAUGCAUUCAACUCCAAAGUUUUGUGCCAACAAUUUAUUUACCAUCUCUCGAAUACCUUUGCUUUAACUUUUGUCGGAAACUCUCACAUUUACCAGAGAUCAUGGAAAUAAUGGAUAAGCCAUUAAAGAUUGAUAUGAUAUAUACGUCUAUUGAAGAACUUCCAGAAUCCAUCAAAAAUCUUAUUGGGCUUAAUUAUCUUGACAUUACAGGUUGUAAGGGACUCCAACAUUUACCAAGUAGCCUAUUUAUGCUUCCAAAUUUUGUCACAUUAAAAAUUCGAGAAUGUUGUCAACUUGGAGUGUCUUUUAGAAGGAUCAGAGCAAGCCAUUCAACAUGCUCAAAGCUAGAGACAUUACAUUUCGGCAAUGCUGAUCUAUUAAACGAAGAUGUCCAUAGGAUUAUUCACAAUUUUCCUAACUUAAAAGACUUAAAUGUUUCAGAAAACAAAUUUGUGUCUUUCCCAACAAGCAUUAUAGAAUGUAAUAAGUUGACGAGACUUGACGUGAGGUUUUGUGCGAAGCUCCAAGAACUUCCAGAACUUCCAUUAAGUGUUGAGGAAGUAGAUGCAAGUUUCUGCAAUUCCUUAACAUGGGAGACAUCAAACAUGUUAUGGACUCAGGUGUGUAAAGAGAAGGAGAGAUUACAAGUCAUAAUGCCAAAGACAAAGAUUCCUGAAUGGUUUGACUAUGUUAGCGAGGAAGGGUUUCCAUUUUUUGAGGCUCGUGGGAAGUUCCCUUCAGUUGCUUUAGCGUUUGUGUUUGGGGAAGAGGAUCCCAUGAUUCAGCGACCAUAUUCAGAUGGCAUUUCUUUUGGUGCAAGUUUAUUUUAGAGGGUACCAAUACCUUCUGUGACUAGGACCACAUAAAGGAUGACAUGUGUUAAUUUUGACAGAAGUUAUAUUUUUUAAGAAUGUUUUAAUAUUUGCUAUUUAACCAUCAUUAAUUAUAUCAUUUUAAAUAAUAGU